UUAAAGUAUUAAAUUUAAUAUUUUGGGAGAGGGCGGCUUGCUUUUAUUUAAAUUUUACAAGCCAAAAUAUUAGCUAAUUCAAGUCACAAGUUUGUAUUGAACUGAAUUGGGCAAUCUCAUCUCAUUUUACUGCCAGUUACUAUAUGUUGUUCUAGAUUGCCGGUCGUGUUGAUACAAACUAGUGUCUAUGUAAAUAUUUGAAUUUUCUCUGCACUUUCACAUUUGCAGUAAAAAUUUAAAUGCGAGAAUACCCGUGUUAGGAACUCAUAAAAUAUUAAUUAUAUUAAUCACACAGUUUUUAGUGAAUACGUAUAAUAUAAACUUAAAGCCGUUUAGAUAAAAAUAAAUUUAAAAUGGGUACGAGAGUUUGGGAUUGUAGUGAAGACGGUAAAAUCGAGUAUGUUUCUUUAAAUCCAGAAUUUUUGCAAGGAGCGUUAAAUGUUUUAAGAGGUGGAUUUUUCCCACACGAAAGUGCCAGCGUUGCUGUAGAUCUGGCUAAGCAUCCGGAUGCUAUGACAGACCUAGAGGACCUUUCUAUUGGAGCAGCAAAAGAUGGAGUAUCAGUUGUUGCUAUUGAAAAAUCAACGAAAAAAGUUGUUGGGGUCGCUUUUAAUAAGUUACAGGUAAAAAACGACCCUGGAGAAGAAAGCUUUUAUGACAAACAUGCCAAAUCUUGCAAACAUCCAGCGUCGAGGGGCCUUAUUAAAUUUAUGAUGGACGUAGACGCGACGGUCGACCUUUUCGAACAGUGUAACAUAAACUGUUUGCUGGAAGUUAUGUUUUUAGCCAUACUUCCGGAAUUUAGGAAAAGAGGAAUCGGAAAAAAGCUGUGUGAAAUAUCUAUGAGAGUGGCUAAAUCAUUGAACGACGGAGAAAAUGUUAAACAAGCAGUAGAAAUUGGAAAAUCAUUGCCGCUAGAACCAGUGCCACAGAUCGUUUCUGCUUUGUUCACGUCGCCAACAUCACAAAAAAUCGGGAGGGCAUUAAAGUGGGAAAUCGUAGCUAGAUCAAGUUACGAAGAGCAUUUCCAUGAAGGAAGGUCUUAUGCCAGCGUACUGGGUAAAGAUAAUCCUUGUACGACUUUAGAAUUUACAAGAAUUUGAUAUUCUGUUUAAAUUUUGCAAAUAAAAUUUUGCUAUCAUUGUA